AUGCUGCUAUCGGCCCGCCGUCCCCAGGAGCCGUUGCGCGUGCCCAGAGCGUCCAAGGAGUGCCACAGUCCGACCAUGGCGGCGGCCAACAACUCGUCCGGAUCGUCCCCAGGCUGGCGUUAUGCUGCAGCCGCACGCCGUCCCGAUAGCCACGUCGACCGUUCGCCUUCGCAGUACUCGGAACCUUCCCGAACCACCAAUCGCAUCCCGCGAGGAGGCGACGCGCCCGCAGAGCUGCUUCCCGAGCACAUGGGCAGCGGCCGUCACGUUGACGCACCGCCACAGCAGCAGCCCAGGCCGCCCCAGCUGCGGCAAAAGUCCUGGCAUCACCCAUACCACCCCGCACCCCGCGUCACUUCUGGCACCUUGCCAGGCGAGCCCGAUCCAUACCAUCCGGCCCAGCAUCUUCACAUCCACCAGGCCAGCGUCCUUCACCAUCCGCAUCCUCCGCCACACUACCAGCAAGGCGAGCUAGACGAGGAGAGGACGACACCCUACCAAGUCGAACGGACCUCGCCGCGGCGUCUCAGCAGAGCCCCGAGCAGUUCGGGCGCCGCGCUGCGGGCCUACGAGCAGGCCGCCGAGCUGUCCGGCGUCCACGGCGGCAGGCUGGACCCGGCGCUCUUGGCCGAGCACGACGCCCAGCCGUUCCAGCCUUCGAGCUUUCCGCAGCCGUCGGCGUUUGAACCGGCGCGCACGCCCUUUAGCGGACCGAAGCGCAACCGCGGAAGGGCCAGCACCCUUUCGCUCCCGCAGCCAGAACUGGCUCGUCAGAGGGCCGUUCCCGGCUACCACGCCAGUCCAACAUAUCCUGGCGGCGGAGCGGCCGCCCACAACUUUGGGCGUGAUGGCCUGGCCGCCCCCAUGCCAGGCGCGUGGGAGGAACAUCGUUCCCGACGCGACAGCACCAUGUCGAGCAUGACAGAGGCCUCCUCCGUCAACGUCGCCACCCCUCCGCUCGCAGGAUACCAGCAGCAGUCGCCGCUGCUGUUUGCUCCCCUCAGCCCUCGUCUGGGCAGGAGCGGAUCGCCGGCGCCUCGCUUCGCGAGCAGCUACUUUGCCGCCGCUGCGGCCGGCGGACCACCGACCGGGUCCAGGUCAUCGCGACCUGGCACGCCAGUCUCGCCGCUGAAUAUGGACGAGCUGUCAAUGGAGGAUCGCGCCGCACCCUCGGGCCUGACCAUAUCCGGGCCGUAUUAUCGCAUCCCGCCGGCCUAUCCUCGGGUCGGCCACGAGCCGCCAUCAGGCCUCGGCGUCCAUGACCGCCCUCAUUCUCCCGGCGCGCUCGGAGCGGCUCAUCGGCCUCCUCGGACCCAGACCAUGGGCUGGCGACACGAAGGUGAUGACCGCAUCUCGCCGACGACGCUGCUCUCGGGAGGCGGAGACUCGUACUUUGCCGCCGAGCCCCACGCCCCGCGUCACCAACUUGCGCCUCACCGACUGGCUCCGGCGGCGGCGGCUUCGAACCAGCAGGCGAUGCCGAUGCACAUCCCGCCCUCCCAUCUCAACCCGGCUGAACGCGUCGGAUACGAGCGCCGGCUGCAGGCCCAGGCCCAAGUUCAGAUGCAGAGCCUCGUACGCGGCGAAAUGGCGGCUGCAGCGGAUCCAGCACAGCGGUCCCUCGCCCUCGCAGCGGCAGCAGCCGCCGCCGCCCCGAUGGUCGCGCAACCUCCCAUGGAUCGGAUCGCACACAGUCGAAGGAGACGACGGCCACCUUACAGCUACUCGAGCCUGAUCGCCCAGGCGAUCUCUUCGUCGCCAGAGGGCCGGAUGACGCUGCGCGAAAUAUACACCUGGAUCAGCAACAACUACCCGGGCAUGUAUCCCAUGACGGGCCCCGAGUCGCAGGGAUGGCAGAAUACGGUGCGGCACAACCUCUCGCUCAACAAGUCGUUCGUCAAGGUGGCCCGCACGGCACAGGACAUCUACGACAGCUGCUCGUCGGGCGUGCCCUCGCAGAGCCAGGCCGCCAGGGGCAAGGGAGGCUGGUGGACGCUCGACCAUUCCGUGGCCGCAUCGCAGCUCGGCAUCGGUUUCCGGACGCCUGGCGAAGGCACGCCGGACGAGGGAAGAGGUUCGGGAUCGUUUGACGCAGCGGCGACCGACGCGUCGGCAGGCAAUCGCCGCCUCUCACGGCAGCGGAGCUACUCGGACUCUGUCAACCGAAGCGCCUCGUCGACGCCUCACGGGGCAGCCAACGCCACGGCCUCGACGGCCCCGACGAGUCGCGACGAGUACGCCAGGUAUUCGCACGAGGCGAGGCCGCCGUUUGCGGGAUAUCCCGUGGGCAUUCACCCGCAGGAGAGCGCAACAGGGCGGAGACGCAGCUCUGGCAACUCGAACCCGCGACCGGCACGCCCCGACGACGGCAACAGGUUCUACGACGCGCCCGCCCCGCGAGCCCCGUCCAUGAAUGACGGCGCAAUUCCCUCCGUGUUGCAGCCACGGCCGCAGGCGAUCGUGGCACACGACGAAGAGCCGGAUCGGAUUUCGCGGCACCCACAGCCGCAGCAGCGCCCUCGCGGUUUCACCACGAGCGCCGCCGAGCCGUCGCCCCUGCGCCUCUACUCGGUUUCCGCACAUCGCCAGGAGGCUUCGUGGGCCUCGCCGCCGCCGCAGCAGCAGCAGCAGCCAGGGAGCUCACGCGGGCAUGCCUCCCCUGCUGCGCGCUCCGGGGCCGACUUUGGUGUCCGCACGCCGUCGCCCAACGCGGUGCGGCAUGCAGACGCCGGCGGUGCUCAUCGAUCCGUCCACGGACAUGCUGCGGACCUGAACCGAGCACCCGCCUUUGCCUCGCCCCUGACGCAGCAAACGAGCGGCAGCCUCACCGCGCGCCAGCAUAUCGUCGACGACGCGAGCAGCGGUCCGUGCAUCGCAGAGCGCAACAGCGACGAAGACGUCGAGAUGCGGUCGCGUGACGACGUGCGGGCGCAGGAGCUCGAGCACGGGCACGGGCAUGGGCACGGGCACGAGCACAGGCAGGCAGCCGCCCGCGAUGCCGCCGACCAACCCGGCUCGCGCGGCAUGGCGAUCAGCGAUCUGCUCAAUGGCUAG